AUGACAAUUACAACGGUAAUCCUCGACAUCGAAGGUACUGUCUGCCCAAUAACAUUUGUUAAGACGACAUUGUUUCCUUACUUUCUUGACAAACUUCCGGAAACCCUUUCUCAAGUCACAUUUCCUAUUACGUCACCAACAACCAGCAUCGAAAAGAUCCUUGCCUCCCUGUCCUUCACCUCGAGUCAAUCAGCAUUCGCACACUUCAAACAGCUCGUAGAUAAUGAUGUCAAAGAUCCUGUUUUGAAGUCACUCCAGGGAGAAGUUUGGCAAUUGGGAUAUUCCAGUGGGGAAAUUAAAGCUCCUGUGUAUCGCGACUCAAUCGAGUUUAUACGAAGAUUUCCAAGUUUGUUUAUUUACUCUUCUGGUAGUAUUGGUGCCCAGAAAUUGUUGUUUGGUCACGUAUUGGACGAGGAUAAAAGUGUUGACUUGAACGGUUUCAUUAAUGGAUAUUUUGAUAUUCCUGCUGUCGGAUACAAAUUCGAACUGAGUUCAUACACCAAGAUUUUAAACGAGAUCGGCAAGGCUGGCGAAGAAGUAUUGUUCCUCAGCGAUAAUAUUGCAGAAGUUGAUGCUGCAAUUAAAGCAGGCAUGAAUAGUUAUGUUGUUGUACGUGAAGGCAACGCACCACUAUCCGAGUCAGACAUUGCUUCCCAUACUAUAAUCCAUUCACUUGAUGAACUCAAAAUAUAG